UUUCACAGAAAUAAAUGAUAUACGUGUGUUGAUUCAGUUUUGAGAUAAAUUCUAAGCAUUUCAAUAUAGAAAUCUUGGUUAAAUAUUUUCGAGUUUAUUUUUUCAUCCGUUUUUUAGAAUAACAAAAAUGAUGUAUACCUGGUAAUAGUUUGUGUUAUUAUUUGGCAAUGUUGAUCCUUUAUCAGCAAAUAGCAACAAGAUACACCGAAGUAUUGAGGAAUAAUAAGUGAUAAUCCUGCUAACUAAAUUACAUGCCCUUAUACAUAAGUGUAGCUACAUUAAUUAUUCCAUACCCAGCAUUAAAUGUUUACAUUUUACCUUGCCGGAAAAUUUAUCAGACAGAUUGGCCCACUUGUUUAUUCUGCUGAUUUUAUAAUUUCAUGAAUUAAAUCAAUGAAAUAUGUUCAUGAUACACAGAUAUCAGUCAAAAGAAUCCCAAUAAUUUUAUAAAAUUUGCUUGAAAACUUCAACUAGCUGUAACAUGGAUCCUGAUAAAACUUCUUGCAAUACAGGGAAUACCCUUCAAUCAACAUCGUCUAUCGUGAAAAGCAAAUGCACUGCUUAUGAUGUGAAGCCCUUAGCUGAUCACAGGAGCUGUAUAGAAAGUAAACCUCUGUCAAUUGAGUCGAAAAAAUCCAGUAGAAGGACAGAAAACUUCAUAGUUGGAUUUCUAAGAAAAACAACAUCCGCGAAAAAAAACCCAACACAAAAAUUGUGCAAACGAAAUUCACGCUUUUUUAGUAGAAAACGGCAUUCGCUUUCUGAUGUAUGGCAAGCUACUCUUAAAUCUACAACUGCCAUGAGUCAAGCCGCUGCACCAAUAAACGGACAGGAUGCGUCCGCUCUUGGUCUGGAUUCCAAUACUGCCCCUUCAAAAGGAUUAGCGACGACGUUACCGGCUGUUCCUAAGAAACCUACAAGACGAGCCGGUGUUAAGCCACAACCUGAUCGCCCCGCGAGAGUACUGUUCUGUUUAACAUUAAAAAACCCUCUACGAAAACUGUGUAUAGAUAUUGUGGAAUGGAAGCCAUUUGAAUAUUUGAUCCUUAUAACAAUUUUUGCAAAUUGUGUUGCCUUGGCUGUUUAUACUCCAUUUCCUAAUAGUGAUUCAAAUACCACAAACGCUGCUUUGGAGAAGAUUGAGUAUAUUUUUUUAGUGAUUUUUACCGCCGAAUGUGUAAUGAAAUUAAUUGCAUACGGGUUUAUACUACAUCCAGGGUCAUACCUAAGAAAUGGAUGGAAUAUUCUGGAUUUCACGAUUGUCGUCAUAGGCAUGAUUUCCACAGCAUUAUCGAAUUUGAUGAAGGAAGGAUUUGAUGUUAAAGCACUUCGAGCGUUUCGUGUUCUUAGACCUCUACGAUUAGUAUCUGGAGUGCCAAGUUUACAAGUUGUACUUAAUUCAAUUCUACGAGCCAUGGUGCCUUUAUUACAUAUUGCCCUCCUCGUUUUAUUCGUCAUUAUUAUAUACGCGAUCAUAGGACUUGAGCUAUUCUCAGGAAAAUUACACAAAUCUUGCUUCCACAAUAUUACUGGAGAAAUAAUGGAUGACCCUCAUCCUUGCGGCGACGAUGGAUUUCGGUGUGAAACUAUUUCAUCGGAUAUGGUUUGUCGUUUGUACUGGGAAGGUCCUAACUUUGGCAUAACUAAUUUUGACAACUUUGGUCUCUCAAUGCUUACUGUAUUUCAAUGUGUGACAUUAGAAGGAUGGACCGAUAUGUUGUAUUAUAUACAAGAUGCAAUGGGUAGUACUUGGCAAUGGAUUUACUUCAUAUCCAUGGUGAUAUUAGGUGCUUUUUUCGUCAUGAACUUAAUUCUUGGUGUCUUGAGCGGCGAGUUUUCCAAGGAAAGAACGAAAGCCAAAAAUCGCGGCGAUUUUCAAAAAUUGCGCGAGAAACAACAAAUAGAGGAAGAUCUACGAGGAUAUUUAGACUGGAUAACACAAGCAGAAGAUAUCGACCCAGAAAAUGAAGCAAACGUUAUUCAGGAAGGUAAAACUAUGACAGCCCACGAGAUCGACUGUUCAGAUCACUUAGGCGAAGAAGGAGAAAUUCAACAAGAGUCGUGGUUUGCGAGAAAAAGAAAAUAUAUAGACCGUUUCAAUCGACGACUACGCAGAGCUUGUAGAAAAGCGGUGAAAUCGCAAGCAUUUUACUGGCUCAUAAUUGUAUUAGUUUUCCUAAACACCGGAGUGUUAGCAACAGAACACUAUCAACAGCCACGUUGGUUAGAUGAUUUUCAGGAAUAUACAAACAUGUUUUUCGUGGCACUGUUUACUAUGGAAAUGCUAUUGAAAAUGUACAGCUUGGGCUUUCAAGGAUAUUUUGUAUCACUCUUCAACCGUUUCGACUGUUUCGUGGUUAUAGGUAGUAUAGGAGAAAUGAUAUUGACCAGCUCACACAUCAUGCCGCCAUUAGGAGUUUCUGUGCUUCGAUGCGUUCGACUUCUGCGAGUGUUCAAAGUUACUAAGUACUGGCAGUCGUUGUCAAAUCUGGUAGCAUCUUUAUUGAACUCGAUUCAGUCGAUUGCAUCAUUGUUAUUGUUACUUUUUCUAUUCAUUGUGAUAUUUGCUCUGUUAGGCAUGCAAGUCUUUGGUGGAAAGUUCAACUUUAAUAGUGCUGUAGAUAAACCCCGUUCAAACUUUGACAGCUUCGUUCAGAGUUUAUUGACGGUAUUUCAGAUUCUCACUGGUGAAGAUUGGAACGCUGUCAUGUAUGAUGGAAUUCAGGCAUACGGUGGAGUAGCAUCAAUAGGAAUUAUAGCUAGCAUUUAUUUCAUUAUUUUAUUCAUAUGUGGCAACUACAUUCUGCUAAACGUAUUUUUGGCCAUUGCUGUUGAUAACCUUGCUGAUGCAGAUUCAUUAACUACGGUGGAGAAGGAAGAAGGAGAUGAAGAAGACGCAGUAGAUGAAGAAAAACCACUGUCACAUGAAACAACUCCAAUUGGCAUUGCCGACGACGGUUUCAUGGAGCACGAUAAGGAUAAUAUUGAUUCAGAGAAUGACAUAAAUAUGUCAGAAGAAUAUGAACAUAAUGGAUCUGAGACCAAAAUGGCUCUACAGGAUGACGAUGAGGGCUAUGAAGAUCAAGAUACACAAGAUUUUAGUUGCCAAGAUCAAGAAUACCAUCUAGCGCGACCUCGAAGAAUGUCCGAGCUAAAUGUAGCCAAUACGAUUGUACCUAUUCCACCUGGGUCAUCGUUUUUUAUUCUAUCUCAAACAAACAGGUUUCGAAUGUUUUGUCACUGGUUGUGCAAUCAUAGUACCUUCGGAAACAUUAUAUUAGUCUGCAUUAUGUUUUCUUCUGCUAUGUUAGCAGCCGAAGACCCACUGAAUGCUACUUCAGAACGAAAUCAAAUUUUGAACUAUUUUGAUUAUUUCUUUACAUCAGUAUUUACUAUUGAACUGUUGCUAAAACUAAUUUCUUAUGGAUUCCUGUUACAUGAUGGGGCAUUCUGUCGUUCGGCGUUUAACUUACUAGAUUUACUAGUCGUAUGCGUAUCGCUAAUAUCAAUGUUCUUCAGUUCUGGAGCGAUUUCCGUUAUCAAAAUUCUGCGUGUUCUAAGAGUAUUGAGACCGUUACGUGCAAUUAAUCGUGCCAAAGGACUGAAGCAUGUAGUUCAAUGUGUAAUAGUAGCAGUUAAGACAAUCGGAAAUAUUGUUCUAGUGACAUGUCUACUGCAAUUUAUGUUCGCGGUGAUAGGAGUUCAAUUAUAUAAGGUAGGACAUUUUUGGAUUUAGGUAUUAAAUGUUUGG